ACUUUUUUCAAUCCCAGUUAACAGAGUUUGACCAGGAGCGGAGUUGGAGCUGGGGGUCGUCUACAUCUUGGGGGUGAUAGCUGUUUUUCAGCAGAUUUUUAUUUUUUUAUUUUCUUGUAAUUUUUUCUACUCUACUUGGUUUCGUUUCCCCUAGACUUGAGUCCAUGUCGAGAUUUUCCUUUAGAUCAUGAACAAACUAUAUGUCGGGAAUUUGAGUCCUUCGGUCACUGUCGAGGACUUGAAGCAGCUCUUUGGCGAGAGGAAGCUACCAGUGGCCGAGCAGGUUCUGCUUAAAUCCGGUUAUGCUUUUGUGGACUUCCCCGACCAGAACUGGGCCAUAAAAGCAAUUGAGACUCUCUCCGGUAAAGUUGAAUUACAUGGAAAGGUGAUUGAGGUAGACUACUCUGUUCCCAAAAAACUAAGGAGCAGGAAGAUUCAGGUUCGGAACAUUCCCCCUCAUCUACAGUGGGAGGUUUUGGACAGCCUAUUAGCCCAGUAUGGUACUGUAGAAAAUGUGGAACAGGUUAACACUGAUACAGAAACAGCUGUGGUGAAUGUCACAUACUCUAACAGGGAGGAAGCAAAACUAGCUAUUGAAAAGUUGACAGGGCACCAGUUUGAGGAUUACUCCCUCCGAGUGUCAUAUAUCCUGGACAUGGAUGCUGCUUCACCCCCCCAGGCCCCCCGCAUGCGCCGCGGGGGCCGGGCAUCUCGGGAGCAGGAGACCCCCAACCCGGGGGCCUCAGGGGGCCUCGGAGGCCCUCGCCACAAACAACACAACUUCCCCCUGCGCAUGCUGGUGCCUACUCAGUUUGUGGGUGCCAUCAUCGGCAAGGAGGGCCUCACUAUCAAGAAUGUUACCCAACAGACACAGUCCAAGGUGGACAUCCAUCGUAAGGAGAAUGCCGGUGCGGCAGAGAAGCCCAUCACCAUCCACUCCACCCCUGAGGGAUGCUCCUCCGCCUGCAGGAUGAUCCUGGACAUCAUGCAGAAGGAGGCCUGCGAGACUAAGACGACGGAGGAGAUCCCUUUGAAGAUCCUCGCCCACAACAGUCUGGUUGGCAGGUUGAUUGGGAAGGAGGGCCGCAACCUGAAGAAGAUUGAAGAGGAGACAGGGACCAAGAUAACCAUCUCCUCUUUACAGGACUUGACCAUUUACAACCCAGAGCGGACCAUCAUGGUGAAGGGCAGCAUGGAGGCGUGCUGUAAGGCUGAGGGGGAGGUGAUGAGGAAGCUGAGGGAAGCCUAUGAGAACGACACUGCUGCUAUAAAUCAACAAACCAACCUUAUCCCAGGUCUGAACCUGAACGCCCUGGGCAUCUUCUCCACUGGUCUGUCUGUGCUGCCUCCUGCAGCAGGCCAUCGAGGAGGAGUGCCCUCGGUGGCACCAGCAGGGUACAACCCCUUCUUAAGUCACUCUUCGCAUGUGGGUGGUCUGUACGGUGUUCCUCCAGCCAGUGCCAUCCCCCACCAGCACUCACAGGCUCCGGAACAGGAAGUGGUCUACCUCUUUAUUCCGACUCAGGCAGUCGGGGCCCUGAUUGGCAAGAAGGGCCAACAUAUCAAGCAGCUUGCCCGCUUUGCCGGGGCCUCAAUCAAGAUUGCUCCAGCAGAGAACCCCGAUGUGACAGAGAGGAUGGUGAUCAUUACUGGUCCUCCAGAGGCUCAGUUCAAGGCCCAGGGCAGGAUAUUUGGAAAGCUGAAAGAGGAGAAUUUCUUCACUGCGAAGGAAGAGGUGAAAUUGGAGACGCAUAUCAAAGUUCCCUCAACCGCAGCCGGCCGAGUCAUCGGCAAAGGUGGAAAAACGGUGAAUGAGCUGCAGAACCUCACCAGCGCUGAGGUCAUUGUGCCACGUGACCAAACUCCAGAUGAGAACGACGAGGUCUUUGUUAAAAUCAGUGGGCACUUCUUUGCCAGCCAGACUGCACAAAGGAAGAUCAGGGAGAUCAUCCUGCAGGUCAAACAGCAGGAGCAGAGGCACCAGCAGGGGACCCCUGUACUGCACCACUCCAAAUGACCACCGGGGGGGGCGGCUUAGGCGGGCACCAGCCAAUGAAUGUAGUCCUCCCAACUGGAAGAAGACCUGACCAGACGAGGCCAACGGGACAGGCAAGGCAGACCAGCAGCAACGGGAACAAACCAAAGAACUUCAUUGGAGGACAUGUGAGAGCCAAAGGCUUGAGGGCUUUCUAUUCACUGCCAGCCCUGCACCAGAGGAAGGGGGAAGGAAGGAGAAAUCUCAACUGAAAUUUAUAGACACACACACACACACACA